GGUGAGAUCGCGUGGCGCGCAGGUGUGUUCUCUCAGUGUGGCUGAGCACCGUCACGCGCACAGCAGGGCUAACUCGUAUCCUCUUUUCUCUCUACGGGCGUAAGUGGGAGAAGGAGGCGACGAGAACGGAGCGGCCCGAGAGGGAGCGAGAGACCUGCAGAAAAAGAUUCCGAGAAAGGGCGAACGAAGUGGGUGGUGAGGGGCGACCUCGUCGCGCCGUUAACAUUCGCACCCACGCAUACAGGCACACGCACGCACACACACACACACAGCGCAGCCGAAGCGGAGUGCUCUCGGGGCGAGGGACCUUGCGCGCGAGCCACCCCGAGGAGUUACUCGAACCUUGGUGGCGCACCAGAUACCAGCGGGUCGAGCAAGCGGGCGAGCGAGCGAGCAGGUGAUUCUCGCGGAGGGUGACGGCGGUACAUCACCGGGUUCGCGUCACGCGAGAGAGGAGAGAAAAAGAGAAAAAGAAAAAAAAAGUAAAGGAGUCCCAGCCCACCUCCCCAGCAGCCGGCAGCGACAAGUGAGGGAGAGACAAAGACGAGAAAGCCCGGAGCCAGCCCUCUCGGACUCUCGUCGUCGCAGCGCGCCUAGCAGAGAGAAGAAGAGGAAGAGGAGCGCGUGACUCGCGAACGCAUCCGCCGCAUCCACGAAGCGAGGAUGGUACGGAGAUUCUGCAACGGUGCGGUUGCACUUGGCAUCGCCCUGACGGCCUGCGCCGCCUUUCCGCGCGCCGUCAUGGCGAUCGACCUCAGCCGCUUUUACGGUCACUCCAACACGAAACGCUCGGAGGCUUGCCACCCGUACGAACCAUUUAAGUGUCCGGGCGACGGAAUUUGCAUCUCGAUACAGUACCUCUGCGACGGAGCACCCGACUGUCAGGACGGAUACGACGAGGACUCAAGAUUGUGUACCGCCGCCAAACGACCGCCCGUAGAGGAAACCGCGAGCUUUCUGCAAUCACUUCUAGCCAGCCACGGUCCCAAUUACCUGGAGAAGCUGUUCGGAACCAAAGCACGCGAUACGCUGAAACCGCUCGGUGGGGUGGAGAAAGUGGCCAUCGCGCUAUCCGAGUCGCAGACGAUCGAGGACUUUGGCGCGGCGUUACACCUGAUGCGCUCAGAUCUCGAGCACCUGCGCUCGGUCUUCAUGGCGGUGGAGAACGGCGACCUGGGUAUGCUGAAGUCCAUCGGUAUCAAGGACUCCGAGCUGGGCGACGUCAAGUUCUUCCUCGAGAAACUCGUUAAGACGGGCUUCCUCGAUUGAACGGUCACAUCCGCCAUCGAAUCGCCACCGCCGCCGUCGCCGUCGCCGUCGCCGCCGUCGUCGUCGUCGUCGUCGUCGUCGUCGUCGUCUUCGUCGUCGUCGUUGUCGUCGUCGACGACGAGGAGGAACCGCCGCCGCCGCCGUCGCCGUCGCCGCCGCCGAUGUUGCGUCACAGUCGUCGCACCAGCACUACCAGCAGAUCCUUCGUUUGUUGAAGCCUAAGUCGUCUUUUCUAUCUUUUCUUCGUCGCGAGUUUUUACGCGCAGGAUGUAGCCUGUCACUUUACUUUCCUUUCCUAUCCUUCUCGUAUCUCUUGCUCUCGCUUUAAUGCGAUCACGAGCACCGGGAUGAUCCGCGUGGGGAUCGAAUGUGCGAAUCUUCUGCAUGACGAGCGAUCAAGGCAGAUUUCAUUUCGCAUAAUCUCGUAAUAGUCUAUCACGUUUAGGUAAUUUCAUUUCGGUCUUUAAGCGCAUCGCUGAUCCGCUUAAAGAAGAGUGUAAUAACCAGAACGUGACUGACGUACCACGUACUCUCGGGCAAUUUGAAUUUUAUCGCGAUUUGCAUUUGUCGUUAGGGAAAGAUAUAAUCGAGGGACUGAAGAAACGUAUUAGAGAUUCUCCGUAUAAGCUAAAAUCCAAUAUCACCUCUUUAACUUCUCAAACUGAAAACGCCUUAUGACAAACAACGUGUCGCUUUCCGUUAACGUCCAUUUUCAUCAAUGUAGAUGACAACUUCUCUCAGUUUAACUUGCUCUCCAUCUUUUUUCUAAUUUUUAGAACUAAAACAGGAUAAAGAGUAAAUUAAAUCGACGUCAAAGUUACUCUACGUUGAUGAAAAUGGACAUUAGCCUACUUUACUUCUUCUAAACUUCGAUUAUUGAACUUUAAUAACGCUAUUGGACUUUCGUGAAUGUUUUGCGACACUCGGGAGAUCUCUUACGUUCCCUCUUACGCUUCCCCUUUAUAGCCGAGGCGCAAAACUUCUCCUUGCGUGAACAAGUAAUGAGCUUUUGUCCGACCUAUUUCUAAAAUAUUGAGCUUCCUCAUGUAUCUUGUAAUUACUUCGCUAAAGUGUUCUCUCACUCUCCGUGCACGUGUACGCGUGUCCCGGUUUUAUUCGAGCCGCGUCUUUAAUAUGCGAGCACGUAUACGGUAUACCAUCUUGCAUAAAUGAUAAGACAUCGACGACGCAAUCGUUCGCGAUCGGCAGUGACGCGAUAGUCCGACGGUUGUGCGUUAAACUCGUUUAAAGUGCGCGAAUUAUUUUACGCGAAGGAUUUCUUACGAUUAUCCGCUUGAGAAAUUGAAAUAUUUCCUAUGACAUCGCGAUUGAGGUGAAAUGUCAAACAAAUAAAAAAUUCGUCGAUUUGGUAAAGAUUCUUGGCAAGAUAGCCACCUUUAAGGUUCAAACUUCAAACUUCGCGAUAAGAAACUCUCAGAAAGUAAUUACGUUCGAGUAGGUGGCAGGAUGGUUUUUAAUCAAAUCACGUUACUUCGGAAAGGUCGUGCGGAAGAAGCCGAUAAUGUAAUUUCUUAUUAAAUGCAAUGUCAUAAAAUUAGCUCCCCCGCAAGAAACAACUUUAUCUUAUCGCGGCUGGAAUAUAUUGAAUCUGUGCAGUGUCGCGUUAACACCCUGGCCUGAAUCAGCUCUCGCCCAGAGCAGCGAAUUUAGAAAAAUUUUUUUUUCUUUUUUUUUUCUUUUUUAGUUGCGCGUUGAAAAAUAUUUAAGAAAUUAUCGAAUUACCGAAAACAAUUUUUACACUAAAAAAUUAAAUUUUACAUAAGUGAAGGAUUUCUGAAAACCAGGUGUCACAAAAAUAAUUUCUUUAAUUAUGAAUUUUACGAAAUUUUUAUUGGCACUUGAUAAAAAGAUGGGAUUAUGAAAUGUAUAAAUAAUAAUAAUGAUGAGUCUUACAACUUUUGAUGAUCUAACGUAAACUUGGGAAAAAAAUGUUACCCACGUAUCACGUCUUAGGGAGAAUUCACCCCUCGACAAGAGCAGAAAGCCAAUGAGAACUCGCGCUGGUAAUACAUUUGCAGAAAGACAAAAUGUAUUUGUACCAAAUGUAUUAUUUACAGCGCGAACUCGGAUUGGCCUUUGCUCUUCUGCUUUCUGCUUUUCUGUCAAGGUGUGAAUUUUCCCUUAUAAAAGGGAGACUCGAAAUAUUUUAGCCCAUGAAUGAAACAGGUUAAUGCAGCACUGCACCUGUGCUUUGGUGGCUAAGGUCGAGACAGGGGUUUAUAUUACUCUUAAUUACUUCCGCGUAUUUGCAAAAGAGUCGUACGUAACGAUUGUCCUUAAUUACUCCCCUUUUUAAAUGUACUUUUCCACGAUCCUACGCAAUUUCUGUUGUAAUUACAGAAUAAUUUCAUCUCUGUACAGAGUACCUGGACUGAAUGAGGCUUACUUAAUUAAUUUUAUUUUCAAAGAAAACUAUUUAAUAGAGUUUCUAAAGACAAAGUUGUGAAAGUUCUAAUUUUAAAAAUUCUAUGAAAUACACUGAAAUAGAAAAAUUCUAUUAAAUUUAGUUUUUAAAGUUUUUCUUUUUUUAAAAACUAUUAAAUAGAACUUUGAAAGAAUAAAAUUGACGAAGUGAAUUUUAUUCGGCCCAGGUAGCUUAUUUCGAGAAAGGGAGAGACGACGGCUUUCAUUCGGACAGGCGAUUACUGCUGGAACGGUAUAUUGAUUUAAACCAACGUUCUCUCACGUAUGUUUUUCUAAAUUAAUUUUAGCUUCGUUACCGCGGUCGCGCAAAUGUUUUGCGACGCGGCGCUGUGACGAACAAAGAAAAAAAACAAAACAAAAAAAAACAAAAAAAACGAAAGAAGGUGGAAAGAAAACUGGAAAAGAAACCGAAGGUGGCAAAUCCCGUGGCGAGAAAGUCCUCGGUUUACUCGGUAUUUUCACUGCAUUCAAGCACCAAAUUGUAAUUCUUGUCUUGAUUAAGGUGACUUUGAUGGAGGGCGAAUGUAAAGACAAACGAGACGAGAUGAAGCAGCCUUGUUUAACGUUAUAAAAAAAAAAAAAAAAAAGAAAAAUGUGCGCUGGAAAUACCGUACUUUUCUCAUUAAAUAGAGAUCAGGUGCUUUUGAUUUCUCUCGCGUUGCGAUCGUGAACGUCACGCAAUCGUAUAACACACAAUGCGGCGAUGUUGCACGCGCGCGUUUUUGAGAGAGAUAUGGGUACAAAGGAAUAAUAAGAGAAAAAAGAAGAAGAAAAAAGAGGAAGAAGAUAAUGGAGCAUCGCGUCGCGUUCUUUCAGGGUAUGACGCGCGUUUUACUUAUUAGGGAAAGAAAGCAAGAUAUAUACAUAUAUAUGUAUAGAUACAGUAUAUACAUAUAUAUGUAUACGAUGCUAGCGUAUGAUAUUUUCAUUACGGCAACACGAUACAUAUCAGUACACAUACAUAUCAGUAAAUUAUAUUUAAAAAAUUAUAUAGAUUAUAAAUAUAUUAUAUAUAAUGAAGAAAGUAAAGAGAACGAUAUACCGAAUUCUCUCGAGGUAGCGUUUCCCGUUUCGCGCUUUCCUUUUACUUCGAAGAGAGAGAGAAAAUUAGCGCGUUACAAAUUUCUAUAUAUACACCCACAUAUAUACAUAUAUGCACAUAUAUUAUACAUACAUAUAUAAAUUGUGCUAUUCGCGACAAUCGAGAAACCGCGGACGGGCGCGAGUCUGGGCGAGAGACCUCUCUUUUCUUACCUCGAGAGAAUGCAUCCCCCCAUUUGGGAUGAUUAACGACAUAUCUUACUUAUUAAGCGUAUCUUUUAAUUCGAAAACGAUACAUUGAGACAUAUCUUCUAAUUAGGUAUACAAAUAUAUAUAUAUAUAUAUAUAUAAAUAUUAUACAUAUAUACAUAGCGAAUACAUAUCAACAGAGAAAUCACUCUUUUAUCAGAUGGUAGAUAAUAUUUUGGUAUAUAAAGAAGAAAAAAAAAGUUUAAUAUUCCCUCCAGAUGUCAAUUACGGUCCAAAGUAGGGCCUGGACCGAGGGCAAAAUCCGAGGGAACUUGUGUGUUUUAGCGAACAACCGAACGGGGCAUCAGACCGGGGGGUCACGGCGCGCCGCGACAACCCUCUCCCCCUUCUCUCUCUCUCUCUCUCUCUCUCCGCCUCUCCGCCGCGUGCCUUGACCCUUUGGCCCCAAUUUCGAGUCAUAAGUCAUAAGGUCAAUCUAUCUCCCCCGAGAGCGGCACACUGGAGUUUCACCGAUAUCUGAUAUACAUAUAUAUGCCACGUUUCGAGGGCGCGUUUCACCCAUCGUCUUGGAAUGAUAAGAGAUCGUAUUUUCCUCUCACCCUCCCUCCCUCCCUCCUCUUCUGUACGUUUUAUUAUAAUUUACACACGUUUUAUUUACAGAUGUUUAGAGCGGACGAUGCUGGUUUGGUCAAUUUGAUAUUCUCUCACAGAUCCGAUGAUCAAAUAAAUAACAUCUAAAUCGGUGCUUCUUCAUUAAAUUCUUUUUUUUUUUUUUUAAUUAAGAAAUACGUUAAAUUAAAGUUUAUGACUAUUUUCAGAUACAACACCUUUACUCUUAUUCCUAGAUUUUCUGUAACUCAGCCGGUGAUUUCUGAUUCAACUUUUUAAUUGUUUGAUCGUACUCGGGGUAUUUUCCGAAUCACCCAAACGUUUCUUAUAAAAAUACUCGUCAAAAUAUUGUCAACACGAGUCACGUAGAGUGUGAUAUUCGAGUUUUGUACAACAUCGUUCUGUUGUAUUUAAAUUCAGUUUUAUAUUGUUUUUUUUUUUUUUUUUGCUCUUCCUCUCUUUCGUGCAUUUAUAAAAUAGACUGUGGCAGAACGUACGUGUGUUUUUCGUAAGUUUUUCAUAGCGCGUAAUUUCAUUUUGAACACGGUCAGUGUAUACGCGAAGUGAACAUGGUUUAAACAAAAUUAAAGGAUUAAAAUUUCAACAAAAGGAUAAAACUGAUUUCGGGGAAACUGUCGAUCCGUCCACAAAGCGUUUCGGUUAUCUUACCGUGCCCUUUGGCAUUUACAAUCUCAACGGUAAGAAGGGAUUCGGCGUUGAAUGUAAAUGGUUGGACUGAAAGCGACGUGUCGCAAAAAGGGUGGUAACAACGCGUCACAUUUGCGCGUAUGAAAAUUAAUUCGUAAUUGCGUAACGUGGCGAAAUGGGAUUACAGUAACAAAUAGUCUAUAUUAAACAACGUAUUUGCACGAAAUUUAAUCGCAGCCCGCUAAAACGUUCCGCGUUACAUUAAAUUUCCGGUUGAACAAACCCUUUGUAACCCGCGAAAUUUAUCAGAUUUCGGAAAAAAAAAAUACAACAAAAUUGCGUUAACGCAGCUUGUACGUAGCGAUUCUUUCCCGUAAAUUCAUCUACGCGAUGGACGCUGCUCUUGUGAAAAUAUUUCACCAGGCUAUUAUGCGCGCGAUAACACGCUCAAUUAAUUGACUAACGAAGAUGUACGCGGUGCUUUUUUACAUUUUCUUUUUUCUAUACACGCUACACGCGUUGUUUCGUUGCUCUCGUUGCCCAUUUACAUUGUUGCGUUACACUAUUGUUGUAACAUGCGUACGUCGCUAAGUAGACGUUAAGUUAAUCAAUAAAUCGAAGUGAUUAUAUAGGA